CGUUUCCAUUAAUUAUUAAACUUUGACGGCCGUAAAACUAAACCGCAAAGAGGUCGACCGUUAACCGUUGGCGCAGGUUACCAGGCAACGGUUGGCUGUGUUACGGUUUGCUAAGUUUUCGAUAUACAAAGUAAACAGAUUCAACUUAAGUUGUCCACUAAUGUAUUGACCCAUGCUCUUCACUAUGGUCUUUAUCUCCAUGGAAACACUUCAGUGUUUGGUUGGAGACUGUAUAAGCAUCUGUGCUUCUGUGUGUGUAGAUCAGUCCAGAAACAUGACACGACAGAUGGGAGACAGCCAUCGAAGGUUCCUGCAGACCAUGAUGGCAAAUGGCAUCGUUGAUGAACAAGGGGCAAAGUCACUGUACCAGUAUUGUUGUGAAACCCACCACACACAGCACGCCCCUGACAAACUGGAUGAUUUCAUUGACACCAUCAACUCAAGGCUGCAGCCCAUGUUCAUGCAGAUAAGAAAGGGGAUGUCUGAAGACACUGGUCACCAGUACUAUGCCUUGGUAAACAUGGCUGAGACUGACGUCACAAGGAUGUCAUCAGAUUAUUCUGACAAUGAGCUGGAGCUGUUCGUGAAAACAAUGGACCUGAUUGUGGGCUCUGAGAACGGUAAGGCCUCCUCCACUGACAUUCUGAACAGCGUUGACAGCCUGACCACCAAAAAGUUGAAGAAGAGUGAGACGGAGCACCUCUUGAACAGACUCGUGCAUGACAAAUGGCUGAAUGAGAAACGGGGUGAAUACACUUUGUCCAUCAGAUGUAUCAUUGAGAUGGAACCGUUUAUCCGUGCAAUGUAUCAGGACCAGGUCAAAGUGUGCCACAUCUGUCACAACAUCGCGUUCCAGUGUCAAAUCUGCGAGAAUCCCACAUGUGGCAUAAAAAUACACAACCCAUGUGUGGCCAGAUACUUUAAAGGAAGAGCAGAGCCGCGGUGUCCAGCAUGUGAUGACUUUUGGCCACAUGAAAUCCCUGAAGUCAGACGACCCCACUCUCAGUCCAGAAGAUGAGGACUUCAGCAUCAAAUGUGUUUGUUUGUUUGUUAAAAUUGUUCAGUAUUUUAAACAUAGCUUUGUGUUAAUAUAAAUGUCUUUAUGGUUAUUUUUACAACAAUAAAUAUGAAUAUGUUUCUAUGAAA